AUGCUCGAUGGCUGGGUUGGCUUCUCAAACAAAAAGCCUAAUGAGUUCGGUAUCAACCUCUCUACCGGGGAGCAGUCUUCCUUCAAGGACAUUGGUUUCACUGAACCUCAGGGCAGUGCUCCCUUCAGUCGUGUCCCCGUCUUUGACUUCUACGCCACUGGUGGCGGACGAGUUGAGCACUCCAACUUCAACAUGAGCUCCAACGCGAAGGACGUCAAGGUUACUCUCAAGAUCCAGCACUACAAGACUGUCCCAUUUGAACCUGGUUCAUGGAACGUCGAUGUCAAGAGCCUUAUGGCCAAGCUCGGUGCCAAACCGCCCGCCAUGUUCCAAAAGGUCCGCCCCACGCAGAUGCUCAUCGCUCAGGGUGUCAGCAUGGAGAUCAGCUUCGGCGGUGACGCCAAGACGGCUUUUGACCAGGACUACAAGAAGACGGUUCAAGGUGGCGGUGGAAUCAGUGUUUUCGGAUUCCGCAUCGGUGCUUCCGGCUCCUCUUCUGAGGAGAAUGAGUCUCACGGUAAGACCUGGGACUCUAGCUCCGGUAUCCUCACUAUCAAUGCUGAGAACUCUCGCGCGUCCGCCAAUGUUCUGGCUGUCAUGGGUGAGAUUGUCAGCGCUUAG